CUUUUGUCCUUUUUGCGACAACGAUAUCACACCAUUCGAACCUCCCAGAGCAAACCCGUCUUCCUAUCGUACUAUAUGACUGUCUGAAGGGGAAGGUGGGAUAAACUACACACCUCAUUUCCUCAAUUCGCCCAGUGCCCACGAUGGCCGGCCCCGCAAAGUCGGCCGCCAUGUCACUCUACCGCGCCUACAGAACUACCACAAUACAUUUCCGGGCCUUCAGUUCAACUCCAAGCCCAAGGGUUGGGCCCGAGUCGCCAAAUUUCAUCGAGACCCCCCGUCCGAUACAGCCUUUCCAUCCCCAUAAAGCUCCCGUAAAGGGUGUUCUCCCUGUGCCCCGUGAGCUAUUCCCGCCCCGCAGACCAGACAAGCCAACACAGGCCUACGCUGAGGCCGCCACUCCCGAGCCAUCAAGUAACGAGCCAAAACUCCAGCCUGGAGACCCCCAAUUCGACUACGUGGAAUGGAAGAAGAGGAUGGCGGUUAUCCGCCGCAAAAAUCUGCGUGAGGGUUUAACCGAGCUGUACGCCCGCAAGCAGAUGAGUGACGAACUCAGAGCAAAACGAAGCAGCGCCAAAAUAGCCCAACGGGACCUAAUCCUCGCACAGGGCCCGCGGGAAGAUGACCGGCUGAUGCAACAAUCGACUCUCCAAGUGAUGAAACCUAACAAAAUGGCCAUUCUCCCCGAUCCCAACGCGGAGCAACGCCUCAAGACCUCCCGCAGGAAACAAGCUGCGAAGCAGCACAGCAAGAAGCAGCAGAGAUCAGACCACCUCCAUUCGCUUUACAUGAACGCCAGGACAUUUAUCAUCAACGAGGAGCAAUUGAAUGCGGAGAUUGAGCGGGUGUUCCCUGACGGUGAGAACCCUGCAUGGACCAAUGAUGAGGAUAUUGGAGAGAAUAUCUGGAACUUGGGUCUGCCAUCCACGGUUGAGUCCCUGGUGCAUGCUGGCAAGACCGACACUACCAUUUGGAGUCUUGGGGAGAAGCGAGUGAAGAAGAUUGCGGAGGAGCUUACGGGAGGAGCUAUCUAGACUGAAUGUUGUGUUGAUACAAAUUAACUUUCGGUCUCAAGUCGAUGGAAAAGCAGUUGCUGCUGGCGGUGGACCGGUUUAUUUCAUGUACGACUAGUCGCUCGGCAAAAGUAUCCGCACCCCCCACCAAAAUCUACAUCUAUCCAAGUAGUGAGAGGUUAUUAAUUAUUAAUUAUCUCAACAACCAGAGGUCUAUAUACAUUAAAAUUCAUACAUAUUAUAGAGAAUAUUGAGUACUUGUACGUAUAAAAGUUAGAAAUAAAAAUAAUGAUUAUCUAUAAAAUUCCUCUGAUAUCACCUUCCAUGACUCUUUAAUGGCCU